UUUGCAGAACUGUCUUUAUGCAUAUGCUUAUGUCUGAAACGGAUCUGACAAAAAUGUUUUUUUCUUUCUUUUUUGUUAACAUAAGGCAAAAGCUUAUAUAUCUUUGCACACAUAUAUAAAGAUGAGAUUAGGCACAGGCCUAAUCCAAAAAGACUUCAUAGCAAAGCAAACAUCUUAUCUCUUUUAUUUUUUUCUUACUUAGUCACUUGCAUGUCAAAUACAGUCAGCUUCUCCCCCCAAUUUUCUCAACAGAAUCUCAAAGCUUUUGUCCUCCUUUCUUAAUCACAUCUUCUUCACACCAUUAUGUAAUAAACCCAAGAAAGAAGAAGAAAAAAAAAAAAAAAACAAAGUCAGUCUCAAGCUCUGAUGGCAAAACAGAGUUACUUCUUCUUGUUUCUUUCUCUUGUCUCCCUCUCUUCCUCAACAACUACAACUCAUGAUGUCUUAAACCCACCAACGGUCUUCCCUACAAACCCUACAACUACACCACCGGUUACUACAUUUCCUCCUGUGACCAUAACCCCAACAAACCCUACCACAACAGUUCCUCUUACACCUCCAGUCACAACAGUCCCAGCAACACUCACACCGCCCGUGACCAACCCAGUGACUCAGUAUCCUCCAACACAACCCUCAGGGAUGGUUCCGGUUCCUGUGAUUCCACCGCCUGUUACCUCAAACUCUCCUUCGGUUUCAGGACAAAGCUGGUGCGUGGCAAAGCCUGGAGCCUCUCAAACCUCACUCCAGCUGGCUCUUGACUAUGCCUGCGGGUUAGGUGGAGCUGAUUGCUCUCAGAUACAGCAAGGAGGCAACUGUUAUUCCCCUAUCAGUCUUCAGAACCAUGCCUCAUUUGCCUUCAACAGCUAUUACCAGAAGAACCCUUCUCCUCAAAGCUGCGAUUUUGGCGGUGCAGCCUCACUUGUUAGCACCAACCCAAGCACUGGUUCUUGUAUUUACCAAACAGACUCAUCAACAUCAACAACACCAACCCCAUCAACACAAACGGUGAACCAGCCUCCUGUUACAUCAACACCAAUAAUACCAACAGGAGGCGGGAUAAUGGGGGUUGGAACUCCACCAGCAGUGUUUAACCCGGCGAAUCCUUCAUCAAACACUCUGAACAAUCCAUUAUCAGGAGGUCCCGCGGUCUACGGGUUUGAUGGUUCACCUAAUGGGAACAAUCCAACGUUAUCAGACUCUACCAACUUGCAGCUUCACUUUGAUCACACUAUGGUGGUAACAUUGUUUCUUCACGCAGUGCUAUUUCAUUAGAAAGUAGAAUUUAUAUAGGAGUCGAAUUAGUUUUAUGAGAUAGUGUUCCACAAGCUUAAGCUCAUUUAGUGUAACGUACCAAGAUGAAGCUAGGAAUGUUAAGACAUUAUAAAUUUGUUUUGUUCAAACGCUCAGUUUCGGUUUUGUACAGAAAACUCCCUUUUGUUUC